UGGCGGUCAUGUUUGGCGUGUUCUACUGGGUGGUUCUGACUCUGGCUGUGCCGCUGAUGAUCAUCGAUGGCAUCACGCCUUCGCUGGCGCAUUACGUGUUCACUUCAGAGUCCAGAAAGUACUACUCGUCUUACACGCCCUGUCUUGGCACUUACUGGAUCCUUAAGAUGAUAGGCAUCGCCGUUGACUUCGAUGGAGCUGCUGGCUGGGAUCUGUUCUGGACGUUCGCAUUCGGCUUGGACAGCAUCACCAUCGGCUACGUGGUCACCACGAUGGCCGAGAGUUUCGUCUUGAUGCUGUUUCUCAUCUGGUACCUGUCCGCAGUGCUUCCCUGGAACAGCAAGACACCGCGGCCUUUCUACUUCUUGCUGCAAGUCAGCUACUGGAUUCCCUCAGAACAGACUGCGGACAGCACCCGGUCUAAAUACAAGCGGAUGCACUCGCACCACGAGGAACCACCUGAAACGUCGCUGGUCGUGGCCAGUAUUCGGGCGGUGACGCUGAAAUUCGGACACUUGACAGCACUCGACUCCGUGGACCUCAAAAUCCUCGACAAGCAAAUCACCGUCAUCCUCGGUCACAACGCAGCAGGCAAGACCACCAUCCUCAAGACAUUGGCCGGCAUUGUGCGUCCCACAAAAGGAUGCACUCAGGUUUGCGGCUAUGACGUGGUGACUCGUUCGUCUUUUGCGCGGAGGAAUAUCAGCUUCUGUCAGCAGGACGAUGUAUUCUUCGCCGACCUCACUGUCUACGAGCACCUCAUCUACUUUGGACUGCUCAAGGGUGUUCCGUACUCGCUGAUCAAGCACCGAGUCGAGGAAGUGCUCGAUGACCUUUACCUCACAGACAGCCAACAUAAGCAGCCGCGCCACCUGUCCGGAGGCGUCAGAAAGAGGCUCAGCGUCGCCAUUGCCGUCGUCUCGCGUCCCAGGGUGAUCCUCCUGGACGAACCGUCAGCGGGCAUCGACCCGGAAAACCAGGGCGACCUAUGGGACCUGCUGCUGGAUAUUCGACAGACGUGCGCGGUGGUCGUCACCACCCACGACAUGCAGGAAGCGGACGCGCUCGCUGACCGGCUCAUUAUAAUCGCAUACGGACGAGUGCUUUGCUCGGGAUCGUCAACCUUCAUUAGGAAAAACUUCGGUGCGAACCGCCAGACGAUCACGUGCAUAAUGCUAGUACCAGGUCACGAUCAAACCAGAGCGCGAAAGAAGGCAACACAUAGUUUAAAGCGAAGAACAUUUCGCCGCACAUAACUUACGACUUUCAAUUUAUGCCGCCGGGAAACAAGAAAAAAAUCCUCACUUGUCAAAUGCGCACGUAUUUCCGUAGAACAACAGCGAAACGUUUAUAAAAUCAAAGAGUCACGCUUCACACUACGAAGCAAAUCCCCAGGCAUAAUUUUUUUGUUCUAUAUCCUCGGUCAAACUGAGUAUCACCAGUCGAUUAUACGGAAUCUUGUAACGUGGUCAGGUUUCGCACAAGUUCGGCGGUGGAAUGAAGUGAAUUUUACUUACGUGUGCUACUACACAGUAGCAUUGAAGGGCCCUUAAAUGCGGCUACACUGCCGCAAUAAUUUUGCCGUAAAG